UUAGCCGGCAAAACAGAAAUUGCAAUCACACAGAACAGAAGCAGCAGUUGGUGGUCGAUUGUUCCUUUGUUCGUAAAGAUUUUCCGAUUUUUCCUCUCACAAAAAUGGUUUCCCGAUCUGUUUUGUCGAUUUGCUUUUUAGCAGUGUUUGGAUGUUCUGCAGUUUUGUCAGCAACACCUUGCCCUUUCCCUCCACAUUUGUGGUGCAGUUCGGUUGAAAUAUCGAAAGCGUGUCACGUGGAGAAGCAAUGUGUCGACUGGCAACAACCAAUGGUCAAUAGCGCACCAUUAGUGAAUAUCACCCUGUACUUUGAAUCUUACUGCCCAGGAUGUCAAGCGUUUAUCACCGGUCAGCUUUAUCCAACAUGGACUGAGCUCAGCAGCAUCAUGAAUGUGACACUUGUCCCUUAUGGAAAUGCUCAGGAGACUAAGAAUUCCACGGGAUGGUCUUACGAUUGUCAACAUGGGGAGCAAGAAUGUCAAGGCAACCUUCUUGAAGUCUGUAUCCUUCACUACGUAGACUUUUCUACUGCGUUUGACACAAUCUACUGCAUGGAGAAAUCCGGGACGCCUGUGCCACAUGCAAAGGAGUGCAUGAUGAAGAACAAAGUAAACUACGAUCAAGUCUCAACGUGUGCAACGGGCCCAGAAGGUAACGCUCUUGAACAUCAGAUGGCGCUUAAGACUGACGCAUUGAGUCCAAAACAUACCUAUGUACCAUGGGUGACACUAAAUGGGGUUCACACAGAGCAGAUUGAAAAUGAAGCGACGAAUAACCUCAAGAAGUUGGUCUGCAAGACGUACCAAGGACCCAAACCUACUGCCUGCACCCAGGAUCUCCAGAAGCCUGACUACUGCUACAGCAAAGAGUAGAAAUCAUUGCAUUUGUUUCUGGGUAAUCAAUGAUUUGGUUAUUGAGUAUGACAUGACCAGCUCGGACCGCAGACAACAUUUUGAUAAGCUGUUUGUGGAUUAAUUAAUUAAUUUGAAUGAUAUCGGGUGCAAUUACUUGCCUGGUCAGUAUUAAAGACUCAGUUCCUUGAAUGAAAUUGGCAACAUGUGAUCUUUUCUAAAAUUCAAUUAAAAUGUUUUCAAUCAAUAUGGAAAUUAAGUUCACCUGAUACUAAACAGAAAUCAAUUGUACACAAAGUCAAGAAUCAUUUUGAAUGGCCUUCUCCAGUGCUUUUCACUUCAGAUAGAUCUGCAAAAAGCCCUGUUACAUCAUCACUCAUGUAUCGCCAUUUGUGGGAGCUCCGUUUUUAUAGUUUGGUUGCAAUAAUAAAGCAACAUCCCACAGAUGACAUUAAAGGAACACGUUGCCUUGGAUCGGACGAGUUGGUCUAUGAAAAGCGUUUGAAACAGUUAGAAUGUGA